AUGAGCUAUUGGAUGAAGGCAGCACAUGGAAAUAGCACUCGGGUGGCCAUAUUUCACCUCCUGGGAUUUUCAGGAAGUCCAUUAUUAGAGUUGCUCUUUUUUCUUUGCUGCUUGACUGCCUAUACCUUGACCCUGGUGGGAAAUGGCCUCAUUGUUUUCCUCACGCUGUCCAGCCCAGCCCUCCAGACACCCAUGUAUUUCUUCCUUCGGAACCUUUCAUUCAUGGAGCUUUGCUAUAGCUCUAUCACUAUGCCCAGAAUAUUGACGAAUUAUGUAACCGGGAACAAUAAGAUCUCCUUUAUUGGUUGUGCUGUCCAGAUGUACUUUUUCCUGCUUCUGGGGUGUGCAGAGUGUUACAUCCUAGGUGUUAUGGCAUACGAUCGGUAUGUGGCCGUGUGUUACCCUCUGAGAUACAUGACUAUCAUGGACAAAUAUUCCUGUGCUCUACUUGUUGUUGGAUCUUGGAUGAGUGGCUUGCCAGUUUCCUCUGUACAGACCACAUUGACCUUCUCUUCUCCAUUCUGUGGCCCAAAUGAAAUCAAUCACUUCUUCUGUGAUAUCCCCCCUGUGCUGAGACUGGUUUGUGCUGACACUUCCCAAAUAGAAAUAGCCAUGUUGAUUAUCACUGUGAUCAUUAUCAUUUCACCAUUUAUGCUCAUCCUCAUUUCAUAUGCUCGUAUCAUUGUUGCGGUGGUGAGGAUGAGCUCAUCUGAAAGCAGGCAGAAGGCUGUCUCCACAUGCUCUUCCCACCUUCUGGUGGUAACUUUGUUCUAUGGCUCUGCCAUGACAGUGUAUCUAUUCCCACAAUCCAAUGACAAAUUGCUCUCCAUUUUCUACACCAUGGUUACCCCCAUGGUGAAUCCCAUCAUAUACAGCCUCAGAAACAAGGAGGUGAAAGCUGCCCUGUGGAAGACAGUAGGUUUAUCCACAUAA